UGCCAUAGAGCGGAGGGGUCAGUGUGCGGUCCCGGUCCGCCAAGUUGACGCCGCCGCUUUCUCCUCAGUGGCGUGGUCUUUGUCGCGAAUUCUCUUUUUGGCUUGCACCUUAUCAUUUUGAAUCCACCAGUUCAGUCAAUAUGGGCAAGAAGGAGGAAGAGGAAAUCAUUAGAAUCGCGAAAAAGAUGGAUAAAAUGGCGCAGAAGAAGAACGGGGCCGGGGCUUUAGACCUAUUGAAGGAGUUACGCAAUGUCCCCAUGACUUUGGAGCUUCUUCAGUCCACCAGAAUCGGAAUGUCUGUUAAUGCCAUCCGCAAGCAGAGUACAGAUGAAGAGGUGACAUCUCUUGCCAAGUCCUUGAUCAAAUCAUGGAAAAAGCUUUUGGAUGAGCCUGGAGGGGGUGAAAAAGAUGAGAAAAGGAAAGAGCAAACAACACCUGUUUCUCCUUCACAGGGAAGCCCAGAGGCAAAAGAAGAGAGCAGCUCCAGCAGUAAUUCCAGCAACAAGAGCGAAUCCACCGAAGUUGCUCCCAACACAUUAAUCAACAGCUAUCCUCGGGCCCCGAGCACUUCUGACUCCAUCAGGCUCAAGUGCAGAGAGAUGCUGGCCAGUGCUCUGCAGACGGGAGAUGAUCAUAUUGCUAUUGGUGCUGAUUGUGAGGAACUCGGAUCACAAAUUGAGGAGAGUAUCUUCCAAGAGUUUAAAAACACAGACAUGAAAUAUAAGAACCGUGUCCGGAGCCGGAUCUCAAAUCUGAAAGAUGUGAAAAACCCAAACUUAAGGAGGACUGUGCUAUGUGGGAGUGUAACCCCAGAGCGGAUGGCAAAGAUGACUGCAGAGGAAAUGGCCAGUGAUGAGCUAAAAGAAAUGAGGAAGAAUUUGACCAAAGAAGCUGUCAGGGACCACCAGAUGGCCACCACCGGGGGCACUCAGACUGAUCUUUUCACCUGUGGCAAAUGCAAGGGGAAGAACUGCACCUACACACAGGUUCAAACUCGCAGUGCUGAUGAGCCAAUGACCACAUUUGUCUUUUGCCAACAGUGUGGGAAUAGGUGGAAGUUCUGCUGAAUCGGCUGGUAUCAUCCUCCGCACUCCGACAAGUAGCAAAUUUCCUGGACCAGGUUCUGUCUCUCUGCAACAGAUUGGAGAUUUGUAAUCUGUGGUAUAUGGUACACAACAUGCCAUACCAAGAUACCACUGCGGUUAAAGUUUGACUAAAUAUCUUGUUCAUAGAUUGAGCUCAUUGUACGUUCCCCAACGUCCCCCAAAAAAAACCCUUUUAAUAUUGUUAUUAGUUGUUUCUUGCUGUCAGAUAUACGCCAUCAAUCUUGUGUCAUUCUCUUUCAUCUGCAUUUUUUUAUAUGUAGUUUUCACACUUUGGCAAGUGUUGUUUUAGCUUUUUUCCCACAAAGCAUUGCAUUGUUUCAUUUAAUACCCCAAUAAAAUGUAAUCCAUUUGAUUAAAAAG